UAAAUUGAAAAAAAUAUCCAUCUUAUCACUGAAAAUAUCGACGUUCAAAUAAACGCAAUCUGGCAACCCCUUUUCCCCACGUCAAAUGGACCAGCUAUGAAUUCCACCCACGCUCUCACCCUCCGCUGCGCCUUGCCUCCGCCCUCCUCCUCCGCCGUCACCCCUCCUCAAUCCACCAAUUCCAAAUCCUCCUCACUCCGCCUCCAAACCACCAAAAUUUCCUCCACCACCUCCCACUCCGCCGCCGCCGCCGCCAACGCCAACAAGCUUUCCAACUCCCAAGACCACGUGCUCCUCACGCUCCUCCAGCAGCGGAAAACCGAGCAGGCGUGGUCCUUGUACGGCCAAUGCGCCGAACUCCCCAACUCCACCUGCCUCAGCCGCCUCGUCUCCCAAUUAUCUUAUCUCAACACCGCCGACGCCCUCACCAGAGCUCAGUCCAUCAUCGAGCGCCUCCGCCGCGAGCGCCAGCUCCACCGCCUCGAUGCCAAUUCCCUCGGCCUCCUCGCCGUCGCCGCUGCCAAAGGCGGCCACACUCUUUAUGCAUCUUCCAUCAUCAAGUCCAUGCUUAAAUCGGGCUAUCUCCCUCAUGUCAAGGCCUGGAGCGCCGUGGUUAGUAGGCUCGCCGCCUCCGGCGACGAUGGCCCGGCGGAGGCUAUUAAGCUCUUCAAUUCUGUAAUUAAAAGAGUGCGAAGGUUUGCGGAUUCCGAAAUUGUUAAGGAUUCGAGGCCGGAUACGGGAGCUUACAACGCUGUGCUGAAUUCCUGCUCUAAUCUCGGUGAUGCUAAGAAGUUCCUCCAACUGUUCGAUGAAAUGCCUGAGUUCAAUUGCGAGCCCGAUGCGUUAACAUACAAUGUGAUGAUUAAGCUAAUCGCGCGAGCUGAGAGGAAGGACCUGCUCGUGUUUGUAUUGGAGACGAUAAUCGAGAAAAGGAUAGCGUUGUGUGUGACGACGCUGCAUUCCCUUGUCGCAGCCUACGUCGGUUUUGGCGAUUUGGAGACUGCUGAGAAACUGGUGCAGGCAAUGAGGGAAGGGAGGAGAGACAUUUGCAAGAUCUUGAGAAGAUCAGCCACCUACGAUUCGUUCGAUGAGGAUGAGGAAUCAAGCAAAGAUGAUGAUCUGUUUGAGAAAUUGCUACCGAAUUCGAUCAAUUAUAGUACGGAACCACCAGAUUUGGCUGAGGCAGUUGCACCAGACUCGAGAAUGUACACAACGUUGAUGAAAGGCUACAUGAAGGCCGGGCGUGUUGCUGACGUGGUGAGGAUGCUGGAGGCGAUGAGCCACCAGAAAGACAGCUCCAGCCAUCCGGACCACGUCACAUACACCACUGUCAUAUCCACAUUCGUGAAGGCAGGGGCGAUGGACAGAGCGCGCCUGGUGCUCGUGGAGAUGGCGAGGAUUGGGGUCCCGGCUAACUUGAUCACGUACAACAUCCUCCUCAAAGGGUACUGCCACCGGCUGCAGAUUGACAAGGCGGAGGAUCUGAUGAGGGAGAUGGUGGAGGAGGCUGAGAUCCAACCAGAUGUGAUCUCAUACAACACCUUAAUUGAUGGAUGCAUACUUGUGGAUGACUGUGCAGGCGCGCUCAGCUACUUCAAUGAGAUGCGGAAGAGAGGGAUAGCGCCCACCAAGGUGAGCUACACGACCUUGAUGAAGGCGUUUGCCUCAUCGGGGCAGCCAAAGCUGGUGAGCAAGGUGUUUGAGGAGAUGCUGAAAGAUCCACGCGUCAAAGUUGAUUUGGUUGCGUGGAAUAUGCUGGUGGAAGGGUACUGCAAGCUGGGGCUGAUUGAGGAGGCAAAGAGUGUAAUGGAGAAGAUGAAGGAGGAGGGAAUGUGGCCCAACGUGGCCACGUACGGGAGUCUAGCAAACGGGAUAGCCUUGGCUAGAAAACCAGGGGAAGCCCUUCUGGUGUGGAAUGAGAUAAAGGAGAGGUGUGGUGUGGAUCUGAAACCAGAUGAAGGGCUUCUCGAUACGCUGGCGGAUAUAUGUGUGAGGGCGGCUUUCUUUACCAAGGCGUUGGAGAUUAUAGCUUGUAUGGAGGAGCAUGGGAUACAUCCGAAUAGGACCAAGUAUAAGAGGAUAUAUGUGGAGAUGCAUACGAGGAUGUUUACGAGUAAGCACGCAUCGAGGGCGAGGCAGGACAGGAGGAAGGAGAGGAAGAGAGCGGCGGAGGCGUUCAAGUUCUGGUUGGGACUGCCCAACUCCUACUAUGGGAGUGAGUGGCGCCUUGAUCCGGAUGAUCAACAAAUCUAGUGAUUGCUCCUAUGUCAAUUCUCUUCUUCUGUCUGUAUACAAAUACAAGGUAGGGUAUGAAGCUUUCAGAACAUGUACUCCAAUAUUCUCAUAUACAGUCAUUGUCUUGUAAACCAAAAUCAAUGGGGCUCAAGAUUGGAACUCUUGAUGAUUCUUUGGUAUGUGCAGUUUAUAAUCAUUAACUGUCAACUUGUCAUAA